GGCAGUGUGCUCGCUUUCCGGUAGCGUAGCGCAGGCUGCUAGCCCGUGCUAAUGGGCUGCUGGCGGGGUUUGAAGUUUCGAGAUCCAAUACGGAAAUGAGCCUCUUGGACCUCUUCCGGGGCUUUUUCGGUUUUUCGGGACCUCGGAGCCACAGAGAUCCCUUUUUUGGAGGGAUGACUCGAGAUGAAGAUGAGGAUGAUGAGGAAGAGGAAGAAGGAGGAAGAGCCACAUGGGGCCAUGGAAGCUCCAGGUUUGAAGUUCCCCAGCCCCCUGAGGAAUUUGGCUUCAGCUUCAGCCCAAGAGGAGGGAUACGUUUCCACGAUAACUUCGGCUUUGAUAACCUAGUACGGGAUUUCAAUAGCAUCUUCAGCGAAAUGGGAGCCUGGACCUUGCCUUCCCACUCUCCUGAACUUCCAGGUGCUGAAUCAGAGACCCCUGGUGAGAGAUGGCGGGAGGGAGAAACGCUUCGGGACUCAAUGCUUAAGUAUCCAGAUAGUCACCAGCCCAGGAUUUUUGGGGGGGUCUUGGAAAGUGAUGCAGGAACGGAAUCCCCAAAAUCAGCACCAGACUGGGGCUCCCAGAGACCUUUUCAUAGGUUUGAUGAUAUGUGGCCUGUGACCCCACAUCCUAGAGCCAGAGAGGACAAUGAUCUUGAUUCCCAGGUUUCCCAGGAGGGCCUUGGCCCAGUUCUGCAACCCCAGCCCAAAUCCUAUUACAAGAGCAUCUCUGUGACCAAGAUCACUAAGCCAGAUGGGACAGUGGAGGAACGCCGGACUGUUGUAGACAGUGAGGGCCAGUCAGAGACUACAGUAACCCAUCAAGAAGGAGACAGCAGUCGUAGAGAUGAAUUACCAGGAUCUCCAACCCUGGAUGAUGCCUCUUCCAUCUUGGAUUUAUUCCUAGGACGUUGGUUCCGGUUCCGGUAGCCUCAUAACCCUCAGAGGCCUUCAGGUCCUUUCUGCAUCCCACCCACUGCUCACCAUUAAUGGCCUUAGCUUCUUCUGCCACAUGAGGGGCUUGGGUGUGGAACAGUGAAUUGGGGUUAUAUCAGUAUGUUGCUCAUCCACAUUGACCAAUAAAACCUUUAUUUGUGCUAGAUCCUCA